UGCUGAAAAUUUUCUCUGAUUUUAUUGGUUAUUACACAUUUCUUACUUUCAGGAUCUUUUCUAGGAAGAGACACAAAAGAUGGGGAAGCUCGGAAAGAAAGCUAGGAAGUUCGCAAAGAAGAACCUCCAGUCUGUUCUGAGGAAGAAGCGCAAGUUCAAGGCCAUGCUCAAGCGCAAAAGUGCUCCAGUAGAUCACAGGGACAAUGUUGAAAAAUAUGAUGCUUUGUCAUCCGAAGAACAAUUUAAAGGGAAAUUGGAACACACUACAAUUGACGUGGCAGCUUCUAGCAAUUCUCUUGAUAACAUCUAUAUUGAAGAUGAUAUGGACUUGGUUGAGGAUGAAUCUGAAAGCGAAGACAUUCUUUCAGAGGAUCCCGAAUGCCCAUAUGUUUCUGAUAUUGAACUUGACAGUAAUGACAAAGACAAUAGUGAGUGUGCUGCUUUAUCCGAAAGCAACAAAAAUAUUCACAUGGAGAUUGUAAAGCAGAAGAGAAAGCUCGACAGGCUGCUGGAGAAGGUUCCAAAAUUUUCUAAAUUUUUGGAAAGUCGAAGAGCUGCACUUCAGAAAUCAAAGAACGUUGAAACUGAUUCUGAUGAGGAACCCGAUGCAAAUUACUCUAGUGGUGUUUCAGUAAAUGAGGAUAUGCAUUUACAAGAUAGGAGAUCCACCAACAGCUAUACUGUAGAUGUCUGGUGUUGGCUAGUAGUACAGCAGCCUGAAGGACCUGCACUACCUAAUCUUCUUAAUACAUUUCAAGCUGCUUGCCAUUAUGGUUUUGAUUCAGAUGAAAGCCAUUUGCAUGAAAUUUCAGAUAAAAAAGUGUUCUCUAGGGUGCUAAUGUUUAUCUUGUGUGAAGCUGAUGGUAUUUUUCGGAAAUGGUUGGGAAUUUCAGAUUCAUGCAACAAAGAUAGUUUUUUGAAAUUGAUGAACAAAUCAGAAUGGAAAUUAGCGAUGCCAUUAAUUAAAUCCUAUUUGAGAAGUUGCUUGCUUCUUCUAAAUCAAGUAACUGAAGGCCAAAUUCUUGUCUUCAUUUUAUGCCGGCUUAGAUCUUCAAUAGUUUUUUUUGCUGCCUUCCCAUCGCUUACUCAGUUGCUUAUCAAGAUCUCAGUUCAUUUAUGGGUGACUGGGGAGGAAAGCCUGUCUCUUUCUUCUUUUCUUGUUGUCCGAGAGAUUGCAUCUAAGUUGCCUUCUGAUUGGUAUGAUACUUGCUUGAUGAAGACAUAUAAAGCUUUUAUUGGACAUUCAAGGUUUUUUGAACCUGGAAAUCCGAAGCAAGUUGAAUUUCUUAAGAAAUCAAUUGUGGAAUUGUACUCUUUGGAUCUGCCAAGAUCCUACCAGCAAGUACUUGCAUCCUUACAACAGUUGGCCAGUAUAUUGCGCCAGACUAUGAAAACCAAGACGAAGGAAGACCUCAACAAGAUACACAAUUGGCAGUAUAUUCAUUGCAUUAGUCUUUGGGUGAAUUUUAUAGAUUGUAACCUGAAGGAUCAAGAUCUUCAGCCGCUGCUCUCCUUAUCUAUUCUAAUCAUAAAAGGAAUAGCUCAUUUAUUUCCCGGUCUCCGAUACGUGCCUCUAAGAUUUAGAUGUGUUCAGAUGCUCAAUCAACUCUCUUUUUCUAGUGGUGUGUUUAUUCCUGUUGCCUCUCUUUUCUUUGACUGUUUGGACAAUAAAGGUUCUACCGCCGAUGGUGCUCGUGUGAAAGCAUUUGAUUUUUCAACCAUGCUAAAGGUGCCGAAACGUUUGUUGAAAUCACGUAAUUUUCAGGAGGAGUGUAUCCUCUCUGCAGUUGAACUAAUUUCAGCACAUUUUUCGCAAUGGAGAUAUCAUAUAUCUUUCCCUGAGUUGGUAACUAUUCCUUUGAUGUUAUUCAAGAGAUUCCAUGAAAACUUGAGUAAUGAGACACUUCGACGGCCGGUGAAACACUUUAUAGAUCAGGUCGAAAAAAAUAAAGAAUAUAUUGAGAGGAGAAGAGAUGAAAUUUCUUUCUCACCCAGUGAUAAUGCGGCCAUUGAUUCAUUCCUUCAGCUGGAGAAGAAUUGUUCCAAUUCAAACUGUUCUUUCAGUCAGUACUAUGCUAGCUUACAACAGAAGUCCCACUCCAGAAUUUCCUUAAUUUUCUCAGGCAAUGCACAUUUACUUUCCUGUACAUCAAACUGAAUUUCCACUGAAUUAGAGAUGAAGCUAUUAGAAAGGCUCAACUCUCAUGGUCUGAUUACUUCUACUUAUUCUGUGCAUUGCAGACAGUGCAGUUAGUUUAGAGAGUAGUGGGCCCACAAAAUUGAAUUUUCUCUCUUUUACAGAGCUGCAUUCACAAAACGGACCACCCAAAACUUACUAUUUACAAAUCAAACACCCUAUUACAUCCAUUUUUCAAAAUAUCUCUCAAAUAUCAAAAUUACCCAUAUUUUUCAUUUUUAUCAACCGGUCUGUAUGUACUUAUCCAUAUUUUUGGAAAUUACUUACAGACCACCCAAAACAUACUAUUUACAAAUCAACCACGCU